GACACAACUCCGAUAUACUUACGGCAGUCCAGACGCUUCUAGUGCAAGUAGAAUACUUUGUGACUUGGGACACCACAUCUGGCUGUAGAAAGUUAGAGGAUGUUCAGAAUUGAUCGUCAUUUUUGAGCUGUUUAAGAUCAAGGCGUUUUAGCUCAAACAAUCAAGUGCUUUUGUCAAGUUGCUGUUACUUGGUCAUUUAAUAGACGGGACCUGCAGUCCAACACGUCUUUACAGACGGCAUACGAGUGAAAGAACAUAACUACGUACCGACAGACAUCGAUAUGUCGUUAAGUGCGAUGGAAGAAGGAGCUUUCUUUAUCAAAGUAAAGUCAGCACACUGGAGGAAGACACGUCAUAUUGAACUAUCACGUGAUCACCUUAAUUUGCAUAUUUCUCAUCAAAGUUGCGGAAAAUCAUCUUUUUCAAUUGUUGACAUAAAAAAAAUCAAUGAGAUUCGUAUCGGAUAUCAGAGUCCAAUAUGGGAGCGACUUGGUCACCACCUGCCGGAUGCGGAGCAAUGUUUUAGUUUGGUAAUCGAUGGGCGGGAACAACCCUUGAACUUGGUAUCUAUGACGAAAGAAUCCGCCGAAUUAUGGACCAGGGGUUUGCAACAUUUGAGUGCAAACCUUGAAAACCUUGACAUUAAAGGAAAACGAUUGUUAUGGGUAUGGGAUUGUUUUAAAACGGCGGACAAGGAUCAAAGUGGAAAACUUUCCUAUAAGGAAGUAAAGAAACUCUUAGACAAAUUGAACUUUCAAGCCACAUCUGAUUACAUCGACCGAGUUUUGAAAGAUACCGAUAUCUCCGGCGACAACUUGUUGUCUUUCGAUGAGUUCUCUGAUUUCUUUAAGAAGAUAUCAUGGCGACCAGAGGUUGAAAGAUUAUACAAAACAUAUUGCGAUGCAGAUUUAAAGCUGCAGCCGAAGGAACUUGCAAGAUUUCUGCGCGAAGAUCAGGGCCUAAAUGACGUCACCGAAGAGACUGCGAUGUCACUGGUAAAAAGUUUUGAGCCCGAUGAGAAUCUCAGAUCAACUCACGUGAUGUCGAUAUAUGGAUUUAUGUAUUUCCUACUUUCGCCUCAUUGCGACGUCUUUAAUGCCAAGGAGCGAAAGGUUCACAUGGAUAUGACAAGGCCGUUAUCGCACUACUACAUUGCAUCUUCACAUAACACGUAUCUUGCUGAUGACCAAUUGAUAGGAAAGUCCAGCGUGGAAUGUUAUAUCAGAGCCCUGGAAAGAGGUUGUCGUUGUGUGGAACUUGAUUGUUGGGACGGAGAAGACGGACAACCGAUUAUUUACCACGGCUACACGCUUACUUCAAAAAUAGCUUUUGCUGACGUAGUUGAAGCAAUACGAGAUUAUGCUUUUAAGACAUCGGAUUACCCGGUCAUUCUUUCCAUUGAGAAUCACUGUUCGGUGCCACAGCAAAAGAAGAUGGCACUUAUCAUGAAGGAAACUUUGGGAGAUAUGCUACUUCAAAAUCCCGUUGAUCCUUCAUCUCACAUGUUGCCUUCACCAGAAGCUCUAAAAGGACGGAUCUUGGUAAAGGGCAAGAGAUUAAAAGAAACUAACGAAGACGAAGAAGUUAGCGACGAAGAUGAGGCAGCUGAUGUCGAAGAAAACGGAGUAAAAAAGAAUCCGUCCAAGACAAAUAAAAAGAUAAAGUUGUCGAAAGAGUUAUCAGACUUGGUUAUCUACGCACAGAGUCGCCAUUUUCAUAACUUCCCAGACGCGAAGCAUAAUUCUGACUUUCGACACAUAUCAUCUCUCAACGAAGAUAAAGCAAUGAAUUUGUAUAACUCGCAGGCCGAAGAAUUUUCGGAACACAAUCAAUGGCAACUGGUGAGGAUUUACCCGAAGGGAACACGAACAAACUCAAGCAACUAUGACCCCCUUGCUUUGUGGAAUGUUGGAUGCCAAAUCGUUGCACUCAACUAUCAAACUGAGGACCGGGAAACGCAUAUCAACGAUGCCUUAUUCCGUCGUAACGGUGGCUGCGGUUAUGUUAUUAAACCAGAUUGUUUGCUUACUGGCAAGUUUAAUCCAUCUACAGUCACAAACAAAUCACCCUUCGCACAACCUUCACGACUUCAGAUAAGGGUUAUAUCCGCCCAACAACUUCCAAAGCCGAUUACUUCAAAGAAGAGUGACGUCAUCGAUCCCUACGUCAUCGUAUCCGUCACUGGGUGUGAUGUAGACAAGCAAAGCAAAACAACAAGCGUGGUCGACGAUAACGGAUUUAAUCCCACUUGGGAGAACGACCUGGUCAUAACCUUUGACGUCAUCGUACCACAGUUGGCAUUCAUCACCUUUGACGUCAUGGACAAGGACUCAAUGGGGGAUGACGACUUGGUUGGAACUUAUACACUUCCGUACAACAGCAUAGCAAACGGUUACAGACACGUUCACCUUGGUAGUAUUGGUAGCAAACCUCUAUUGCCCUCCACGCUGUUUAUAAACGUGAAGAAAACAUAAGCGCUGAGAGGCAAUGUUAAGAAUCUAUGGACACGUUAAUUACCAAAUGACGAAAACUCCUAACCCCAAGACGAACAAACAUAAUACAAUAUUUUAACCACAUGUUUAAUUAUGCUUCUGCUGCCGAUAAAACCUACUUACUUUAUCCAGUUUUUAAUCUUUUUCCGCUCUUUUUACUAACGUUUUACCUUUACCAUGAUUUUUAUUGUUUCUUCAAUAAUGGCUUUAAAGUGCGCAGAAUUAUUGUUAUAAAAAUAGUAUUUCUUUAUCUUUUAAUUAUCAUACUCAGUAACGUAUAAAAUAUACAACAGAAUCCGGA